AUGGGUUUGAUUUCAGUUUUUUUGGAGAUUUUAAGGAAACCCACAAUUGGGGAUGUUUUGUGCGAGCUGAUAAUGUUUAUAGCUCCUUUAUGGGUUGCUGUAAUUGUUGGGGUUUUGGUUGGAUGGGUUUGGAAGCCAAAGUGGGCAAAUUUAGGCAGAGAAAUGUUGAUGGAUUGUUCUGGUUCUGAGAAUUCAACUCCUGCAUCUUCAGAGUGUUCUUCUACAGGUUUUGGUUCCAUUCCAAGCUUGAAUUUGAUCAAGUUUCAGUUAUCUAGUUGCAUCUCUUGGAUUUCAGACGAUGGAGCUCCAAAGGAUUCUUUUUCUUUGCCACCCACCCUUCAUUCCAAUUGCAGUUCGUCACUGAUUGAGAAGGAAAAAACGGGUAUUGUGACAAAUGAGGAUUUAGAGUAUUUGUUUAAAUUAGUUGAAGAAAAAGAUGGAGGUCCUGCUUGGAUUCACAUGAUGGAUCGGGAUACGCCAACUAUGGGCUAUCAGGCUUGGCGAAGAGAUCUUGAUAUUGGUCCUACACAAUAUCGUAGCCGGACUGUUUUUGAUGAUGCCACUCCUGAGAUGGUGAGGGAUUUCUUUUGGGCUGAUGAGUUUCGACCAAAUUGGGAUGCUAUGCUUCUUAGUGCUGCAACUAUGGAGGAGUGCCCCACUACAGGAACCAUGGUGGUCCACUGGGUUCGCAAGUUUCCCUUCUUCUGUAGCGACAGAGAAUACAUAAUAGGUCGUCGGAUUUGGGAGUCUGGGCAGUCGUAUUACUGUGUUACUAAGGGAGUACCAUAUGCCUCUGUGCCAAGAAAAAACAAACCUAGGCGUGUUGAUUUGUUCUAUUCAAGUUGGUGCAUCCGUGCAGUUGAAUCAAGGAAAGGGGAUGGCCAGAUGACUGCAUGCGAAGUGUUACUUUUUCAUCAUGAAGAUAUGGGUAUACCAUGGAAAAUUGCAAAGCUUGGAGUUAGGCAAGGUAUGUGGGGAACCGUCAAGAGAAUUGACCCUGGCUUACGUGCAUAUCAGAAGGAGAGAGCAUCUGGAGUGCCCCCUCCCCAUUGUGCUGUCAUGGCUCAUAUAAACACUAAAGUAAAUGCAGAGUACCUGAGAUCCUUGGAAAGCAACAGUAAUGAUUCAUCAGAGCUUCAAACACAUAAUUCAUCUGAGAAACCGGUGGGGAAGAACAUUCCCAAACUUCUAGUUAUUGGUGGGGCUAUUGCCCUUGCUUGGAGCCUUGAUCGAGGGCUCUUGACCAAAGCUGUUAUAUUUGGAGUAGCCCGAAGGUUUGCCAAAACUGGAAGGAGGUUGUAAUUCAGAAUAUUUUUGUCAUCAUUCCCUGGAAGCCAGCGAAGCUGAUUGCUGCUGCAAUGGAGAGAGAUGCUUCCCACGGAUGAAUCUUGUCGCUUGCCUGCUUUUAAAGGAUUAAAGUUCGAAGAUUUGUAUUAGUUUUGCUAAUGUUUGGGCCAUGUAGCAACUUUGGAUCCGGUGAAAUAGAAAAGACCAGAUAGUUGAAUUUUUCAAAUGGCCAUGUCAAAAACGGAUCUCAUGCUGCAAAAAUAACAGAAGUCGAGUUCCCUUUCUUCUUCAA